GCUAGGAGUAGUAUACACAGUGCUCCUUGAAAAGACGCACUCGGAUUGACCUUGGUUCGCGUUCAUCGGAGAGAUCGAUCAACGGUGGAGAGUAGUGCACUUGUAUUCAGCAAAGGUGUUUAGCAGAGUAGGAGUAUACAUACGUCUGCAGUCUAAACUAGAACAGAAGCAGUGGUAUAUCGCCCGGGUCUCUGGCUCUGCAACAAGUCCGUCCACCGACGACGAGUAUACUGAUCUGAUCGAUCUGGUGCGGUCGACAUGGGCAGCCUGAGGAGCACGCAGCACGAGUGCGGCGGCGGCGUCAGCCACUCGGUCUCGUUCCUCCUCGGGGCUCUCCUCCCCACCGUGCUGCUCUUCUUCCUCGCCUCCGACCGGGUCGACGAGCAGCUGUCCACCAUCUCGAGCUUCAGGUUCGGGAACGGAUCCUCGGCUCAUCAGCUGACUAGUAGCCAUGCCGCUAACCUCUCGACCGAUGUAUCGGAUGGCGAUCAAAAGUCACACGCGCAGGAGGGGAGAUUAUUCCCGGGGCUGGCGGAGCUGCUGCCCAAGGUCGCCAUGGACGACGGGACGGUGAUCAUCACGUCGGUCAACGAGGCGUUCGCGCGGCCCGGCUCCCUGCUCGACCUCUUCCGCGGGAGCUUCCACGACGGCGAGGGGAUCGCCCACCUCCUCAACCACACCCUCAUCGUCGCCGCCGACCCCGGCGCCUUGGCACUCUGCAAGGCCGUGCACCCGCACUGCUACCUCCUCCAGGUCAUGGCCGCCGGCGUCAGCUCCGCCAACGGCUUCCUGACGAGAAGCUACCUCGAGCUCGUCUGGUCCAAGCUCACCUUCCAGCACCACGUCCUCCAGCUCGGCUACAACUAUCUCUACACCGAUCUGGAUGUACUGUGGCUGCGCAACCCGUUCCGGCACAUCAGCAUCUACGCGGACAUGGCCAUCUCAACCGACCGGUUCAACGGCGGCGCCGAGGACCUGAAGAACGCGCCGAACACCGGCUUCUACUACGUCAGGUCCACCAACCGCACGGUGGAGAUGCUGAGCCGGUGGCGGGCGGCGAGGUCGCGGUUCCGGCCGAAGGCCCACGACCAGGAGGUCUUUGAGGCAAUCAAGGGCGAGUUCGUCGCCGGCGAGCUGCAGAUAAAGCUGGUGUUCCUCGAUACGGUGCUCUUCGACGGCUUCUGCGAGUACCACGGCGAGAUGGACAGGGUGUGCACGAUGCACGCCAACUGCUGCCUCAGGCUCGGGACCAAGAUGCACGACCUCAGGAACGUGGUCGCCGACUGGAAAAAGUACUCGAGCCUGACGCCGCCGGAGAAGAUGAGCAGCAAACUCAGGUGGACGUACCCCGCCAAGUGUGCGGCUACGAUGAAAAUACCAUCUUAGUAUUUUCUCUGUAACUUAAUAUACGACAUUUUUUAUUUACUAUUCCCUCCAUCCCUAAAUAAAUUAUAUGGUUGAUCUAGUAGUAUAAAAUUUGUACUCUACUAAUUAGUACUAAGUUUGCCACAUCUAUUUUGA